UGUACACACAUAUUACUACUCCACUGUCUCACUCUUGUUCUCUCUCUAAAUUUUCGAAUCUUGAGUUUUUCAUUUUCUUGAUUCGAUGUUAACUGUGUCGCCACUUGUCGCCAACACCGCCUCAAGGGAUCAUUACAUGGCGGCAGAUUUCGCAGAUUUUACGACGGACGGCUUGCCGGACUUCACUGCGGCCGAAGGAAGUCUCGACGUUCUUGAAGGAAUCGAUUUCUACGACGACCUUUUCAUUGAGUUCAAUGGAGAUGAUGUUUUGCCUGACCUGGAGAUUGAUUCGGAUGUUCUCGGGGAAUAUUCCGGCAGCGGAAGAGAUGAAGACCAAGAAAUGGAGGGAAACACUUCGGCGGCGUCGGAGACAUCUGAGAGAGACGGUGGCCGGUGUAAGCCUGAAGGUGGUGCUAGUUUGGACAAAACGGUGCGUCAAGGCAAACGCAAAGGGAAGAAAAUUAAAGGUUGUUUUUCCAACGACACCGGAAUUAAGAAAAAACCAAAGGUGGACUGGACGCCGGAGUUACACCGGAAUUUUGUACAAGCGGUGGAAAAAUUAGGGGUGGAUAAGGCGGUGCCGUCACGGAUUUUGGAGAUUAUGAAUGUCAAAUCACUCAAUCGUCACAACGUAGCUAGCCAUCUCCAGAAAUAUAGGUCACAUCGAAAGCAUUUACUAGCCCGUGAAGCAGAAGCUGCGAGCUGGAACCUCCGACGGCAUGCCACAGUGGCAGUGCCUGAAGGAGAAAAGCUAAGUAUGGCUCAUCCUGCCUUAGGCUAUCCACCACAUGUGACACCGUUACAUCAGGGCCACUUCAGGCCUUUGCACGUGUGGGGUCAUCCUACGUGGCCUAAACACAAGCCUAACAAUCCAUCAUCGUCUCCUCAUCGGACGUUUCCAAUUCCUCCGGCUGUUGCAGUAGCUCCGUCGUGUUGGCCAGGUCAACCGCCAUAUUGGCACCUACGACCACUCUAUCCACAGGGAUAUGGUAUGGCUUCAUCGAAUAAUUCAAGCAUUGGUGUUCCUACAAGACAAUUAGGCCCCACUAAUCCUCCCAUCGACAUUCAUCCCUCUAAUGAGAGCAUAGACGCCGCUAUAGGAGACGUUAUAACAAAGCCGUGGCUACCUCUUCCUCUGGGACUGAAUCCACCGUCAGUUGAUGGCGUCAUGACGGAGUUACAACGUCAAGGCGUUUCAAAUGUUCCUCCUCUUCCUUGAGCGAACAAAAUUCGUCGAAAUUACAAUUGUUGACUUUACUUUUUUGGGUAUCUUUAUAAGUAUUUUUACAAGGAAGAUAAAUAAAUCCUUGUUGUCAUAUGUGUUCUUCUGAAAGAGUUCAUGUAGUCGGCAAGAAAAAAAAAGAGUUCAUGUAUUUUUUUUUUUUUGAAAAGGGCUAAAUGAGUUCAUGUAUUGAAGUUAAGCAAGUUUGUAUUAUUAUAACUACAUCGUUAUGUUGGUCGAA